CCGGGUGAGUGCGAGCGACUUCCUGCCAAUGGCGGCGCCCUGUGCUCGUACAUGGUUGUAGAGUGAAGGGCAGCCAGCGACACGGUCAAUGAAACGUCCUGCAGUUCUUUGAGGAGAUUAGUCGGGACAUCAGGAUGGUUCAUAUAACAUCCCAGGUCCUGAAACGUUACCAUGGAGGUUACGUGGUGAUCAGAAUGGCUCUUGGUGGCUGUGCUAACAGACCCUUUUAUCGCAUUGUGGCUGCCCAUAACAAGCGGGCGCGGGACGGGAAGCACUUUGAUAAACUUGGCACAUAUGACCCUUUACCUAAUGUCUAUAAUGAGAAGCUUGUCAGCCUGAACAUCGAUCGGAUAAAGUACUGGAUCGCUUGUGGAGCACAUCUAUCAAAACCAGUGGCCAAGUUAUUAGGACUUGCAGGAUUUUUUCCUUUGCACCCAAUGACUAUUACAGAAGCCGAGAGGUUACAAAAAGCAAAGGAGAAGGCGGCUGCGCAGCCGGAGGAAAGCCCGCAGGAGGAGGCAGAAGCCUGAGAACCACUAGAUUCUUGUGGAUGGAAUUAAAGGACAUUUUUAUUGUAUUUAUGAUUCCUGUGACUUUGGAAUUCGGAGAAUUGCACCCUUUCAGUUAUGUUUAUAUAAAAUUAUAAGCAAGAAAUGAUUUCAAUGUAACAUUUUGGAUAUUAUUUGGUGGGGGGACUGGAACCAUUGCAGAAAAAACCCUUUACUUCUGGCUCUGCCUGUAAGGAUGUAGUUAUUUGGCUGUAAUAACCAGGUCCUGCUAUAACAUAAAGUCCUUCAUUCUGGCUA